AUGGGUCUUUACAACAAUGCACUCUUCAAUCAGAUGCCGGGCCUCCCUUGGGUGGGCACGAGAGUUUUCGAUACGCCUACCGACCUGGAACUGCUGGAUAUCGGCUUGAACGCUCAUGAACCGGCCUGGUUACUUGGUAGUGAUUUUGAUCUCAACAUUCUAGACUUUCCAAUAUCCAGUGUCAUGACAGAAUGGGGCUAUUCGAAUCACGAAAAUCUACCCCCGCACCCAGAGGCAUAUGAAACCUCUAAUACGCUAGAUCAGAUAGAUGAGGCAUAUAGGGAAGGUCUCAGGUAUAAAUUACAGCCAUGCCCUUCUAAUACAGCCCUUCCUUCCGCGGACUUCCUUAACCUAUGUAUCAAGUUAUACUUUGUGCGCUUCAAUCCGGUCUUCCCCAUUGUCCAUGCACCGUCUUUCCGCCCUUCAUCAGAGAACGCUAUCCUCCUCUUGUCUGUGUGCUCUGUUGGCGCUCUCUUCAUGGGCUCAGCAACCGCCGCUGCCCAAGGCAGGAAGAUCUUUCAAACCCUGAAUAAAGCAAACCUAUCGUCAUGGGAUACCUACAUUCGUCGCGAUGCUAGAGAGUGGCGUUCGCUUGUCCAGGCAUCGAUUAUCGGUCAAACAUUUGGCAUGCUCUCAGGCCAGCCAGAUAAUGUUUGUAUGACAGAGAGCUUCCAUGGAACAGCCAUCGCGUGGGCCCGGCAGGGCGGCUUCUUCAAGAUCAGAGCUGCCCCUCUCCCGAAUUGCGAUGAACCCGAGGCGAACAAAGGGGACCUUUGGAGACGCUGGGUAGAUGCCGAAGAAUCUGUCCGCUUAGUCUUAGCGCUCUAUGUUCACGAUUCAGAAUUCGCAACAACAUUUCAUCAUGAGCCGCUUCUUCGGCAUGGUACCGGGAAGCUACCAGUUUGCAACCCAGAUGAAUUAUUUUUCGCGCCCACUGCAUCCGAUUGGUAUAACAUUGUAACGAGAGAUAGGGUCGCCAACUCUAAAAUCACACAUAUCAAUGCCGCCAACAUACUGGCAGUGCCGCCAGUGAUUAUGACAACGCGCAAAGCACAAAUGUUUGCGUAUGCUUCCCUUGCUGGCUUAGUAGCCUCGAUUCAGGAAAAGAGGGCCUCGCUUCUUGAUGACGGAGCAAAGCAGCAAUUCCGCAACCUGCUUCUGUCAUGGCACCAUGAGCACUACAAACACAUCCAGGGACCUAGAAAGAACCACAUCAAUUUGUUGAUUUUCUGGCACGCAGCCUUUAUGGCUCUCUAUUCUGAUUUUGACAUCAUGGAACGUUCCAUAGGUCGUGACGGCAAGCACGCUGCGCAAGAAGCACGGGAAGCAAUCGUAGAUUGGGCUGUCUCCCUAGAGGCUAGACGCAGUAUCCUUCACGCUCUCUUGGUGCUGAGGCAUCUAGAAAUGCUGCCAAUUGGACUCGAACCGGCUAUCCACGUGCCCAAAGCUGCAUUCUACUCAGCCAUGAUUGUGUAUAGCUACAUAAAGUGCAAGCCGUCCCCGUGUGUGCCUUCUGAGGAUGAAGUGAACUUACCCGAACUACAAGUUGCCAGCUCAACUAACAGUUUACAACCAAAUGGCGACAAGGUCACAGCAGCCAUGUUCCCUCCCGUGGAACCUAGUAUACUUUGCAAUGCGAUAGACUUGCUCCGACGCAUUGGCCAUUGGGAAAUAUCUCGCAAGUUUGCUUGCAUUUUGCAGAUCCUCCUAGAUGAUUUGACUAAAGCCUAA